CCACGUUACACCCCUGUUCCCGCUGCCCCUAGUCCCAAUCCAGGGGGCAUUGCCCCCCUUACUUUCCCAGGGGGGGAAUUGCGGCGGGCUAACUAGGUGAAGGUCCCAGGGCAGUUGGUGGUGGGCGUGCAGGCGUGAGACGAUGGGCGUGGAAGGUCUGGUGCAGCCGCGUGUCACCACUGGUCAAUGGGGCUCCUGCCACCCCGUCCUCCCUCACACUUGAGUGUCCCCGACCUGCCGCAGGGUGUAUGCGUGAGGACGCACGCACGGGCGGACGCAGCGAGUGAAGCAGACGCCACGCAUGAGGCAGUGACCGGCUCCAGCGACAGGUAGUUCGUGCGCUGGAGUGAGGUCGCCGGCGUCCCAAGACCAAGAUGGCGGGCGGCGAGACCAUGAAGACAGUGGUACCUGGUGGCGUGGACGGGGAUAGACGGGGUAGGGAGGGGACGGUGGCAGACGACGUUGAGGACAGAGAGACCUGGGGUAAGAAAGUCGACUUCCUCCUGUCUGUGAUCGGCUUCGCGGUGGACCUGGCUAAUGUCUGGAGGUUCCCGUACCUCUGCUACAGGAAUGGAGGCGGCGCCUUCCUGGUGCCCUACUGCGUGAUGCUGGUGCUCGGAGGCAUUCCUCUCUUCUUCAUGGAGUUGGCUCUGGGGCAGUAUAACCGCAAGGGCGCCAUCACCUGCUGGGGCCGCCUCGUGCCGCUCUUCAAGGGUGUGGGGUUCCAGGUGGUGUGUAUCGCCUUCUACGUCGACUUCUUCUACAACGUCAUCCUGGCCUGGAGCCUGCGCUUCUUCUUCGCCUCCUUCACCACGGACCUGCCCUGGACCAACUGUAAUAACGAGUGGAACACCCCCAACUGCAGAGAGAUCGGCAGCAAGGCGCCCGUCUGGAGCUACGCCAACAGCAGCACCUUGGAGGACUCCGGCAGCCUGGCCACCUUAGACAACCUGACGGUGGAGACCUUGGGACCCGGGGCACCAGGGGGCUUCCUCCCCCUUCUCAACAAGACCACUACCCCGGCCGAGGAGUACUGGACGCGCGAGGUGCUUCAGCUCCAGGAGAGCUCCGGCAUCUCCAACUUGGGAAUCAUCAAGUGGGACCUGGCACUGUGCCUCCUGGCCGUCUACCUCAUCUGUUACUUCUCCCUCUGGAAGGGCAUCUCCACCUCCGGCAAGGUAGUGUGGUUUACGGCCAUCUUCCCCUACGUGGUACUCUUCAUUCUCCUCAUCAGAGGGGUGACGCUGCCUGGGGCGGCGGAGGGCAUCAAGUACUAUCUCAAACCUGACUUCUCCAAGAUCUGGGUGGCUGAGGUGUGGGUUGACGCUGCCACACAGAUAUUCUUCAGUCUGGGACCAGGCUUUGGGGUGCUCCUCGCCUUCGCCUCCUACAACAAGUUCCAUAAUAACGUCUACAAGGACGCCAUGGCCACCAGCCUAAUCAACUGCUGCACCAGCUUCGUGUCCGGGUUCGUCAUUUUCUCUGUGUUGGGGUACAUGAGCCACAAGAGCGGCAAGCCCAUCAACGAGGUCGUGGACGAGGGCCCUGGCCUGGUCUUCGUCGUGUACCCCGAGGCCAUCGCCACCAUGCCCGGCUCCACCUUCUGGGCCAUCAUCUUCUUCAUGAUGCUUCUCACUCUGGGCCUCGACUCCUCCUUCGGGGGGUCGGAGGCCGUCAUCACCGCCCUCAGCGAUGAGUUCCCCGUCAUCGGCCGUAACCGCAAGGUCUUCGUCGCUGUCCUCUUCACCGUCGACUUCUUAGUCGGGCUCACCUGCUGCACACAGGGCGGAUUCUAUGUGUUCUCCGUGCUGGACCGCUACGCUGCUGGCUACUCUAUUCUGUUCGCAGUGUUUUGUGAAGCCAUAGCGGUCUCCUGGAUUUAUGGCAUAGAAAGGCUGCAAGAGGACAUCCGGGAGAUGAUAGGCUUCGCCCCAGGCAUCUACUGGAGGACCUGCCUCAAAUUCUGCGCACCUGCGUUUAUCGGAAUCAUCAUUGUGUAUGGCCUCAUCAACUACAAACCGCUGUCUGCCUCCGACCCAGAAGCCUUCCCCUGGUGGACAGAUGUCAUAGGUUGGCUUAUGGCUGGCUCCUCCAUGAUCAUGAUCCCCUUCGUCGCUAUUUAUAAAAUUAUCGAGGUUCCGGGUCCUGCUUCGCUACCCAAGCGGCUGAAGAUCCUGACGACUCCGUGGAGGGACCAGCAGGUGUCCGUAGGCAACGGUGUCAGAGCCGAGACUAACCAGAUCAUCCUCAACUCAGAGACUCCGGCUCCUGAUCAAGUGUAGUUCCUGUUUAAAUCUGAGAGAAAACAAAAUUUAUAGAAUGAUGACAAAAUUUCUUAGCAAAUGUAACACAAGGGUUGUAGGUCCAUUGUCAAAUUAGUGUUGCAGAGUUUGUUUUAGGCCUAAUAAAUACAAAAAAAAACGGACACAGGAAAAAUAUGAACCAGGACGUGAAUUUGUUUUCAAGUUAUGGUGCCGUAGACACUGCAUAUUGUCAAGGGGAGCAGCAGAUUUGCACAAUAUUGCAGAAAGAUUUACAUACUGGUAGACAAGGUGUUCCUUACUUAACACAUUCUUUACCGACAGUGGUUUAGGGGGAAGAUUAUAUCUGGAUUGAUGAAGGUCAUGUUUUGUUUUAGAUAGUAAUGAAUAGAGGCACUAAUUUAUACUUGAUAUAUGUAAGCCUAGUAAAUCUAGUCUAUGGCACUAUAGCGCAUGACUUUAACAAUCUAUAACACGGGGACAAAGCCUCACCAAGCAUUUCUUAAUCUGGCGCAGAAUAGUAAUCAUCCAACGUUGUUUAAAUCUAGCGUAGGGAAAGAUAGAAUACUAGAAUUUUAUGUAUUCUAAACUGUUGUCGGUGUGUUCAUCCGUGUUUUGUCUCCUGGCAAGUAACUAUGCCACAAUCUGUUCCUGGCAUCUUAUAAGACAGUUGAUGACCUUGUCUAAUUUCUAAAAUCUUCUUUCGAUAUUCUUAACUACUGUUUUUCGACGUUUUAUUUAAAUUUUUAAAUCGUACUUCGUCAUAGCACUUAUUUAACCCCAGAUUCUGAGAUGGGAGUAGUUUUUCAAGACUUGUAUCUUGACAAUAUUGAUCUUGUGAGCUGACCUACAGGUGCUUGAUAAGUCACAAAAUCCAGGCAACGAAUCUAGACAGCACUGGGAACUGAUACAGGCGGAUUACCGACGCUGGCUUCUAUCAAUGAAACAUAACCACGUUCCAAAUGAGGAGCUUGGCCCUUGUCACCAGUUCCUAUGUAACUAGAUUUUCAUUAUUCUGUUAAAUUGUGUAUGCAUGUGCUUCCAUUGGCAAGUGUUUUGUGCAUCAACACGGCUCUGUGCACAUGUCAACAUUGGUAUGUGUACUAUAUCAACACUGCCCCGUGUACUAUGUCAACAUAUGGCCUGUUUACUAAUGUCAACACUGGUCUGUGUACAAGUAGAGCUUAAUAUGGAUAAUACAAGUCAACUGAGGUUCUCUGUCCUUUCCUGUAGCUGCCCUUGCUAACGUCUGUUCAAAAACAUACACUUAAUUUAGUUUAUCGUACAUGUCACCCUUUACAUAAGGUACACGUGAGUGAAUUGUCAGGAUGACAGCAAAACACUAUGGAGAAGAUUCCUUUUUCGUGCUUUAUCGAUGAAUAAAAAACUUUAAAUGAUGUCAAAAUUGCUUGUUAUAUGGUGUUAGUAGUUAGUUCAGCUUUGUGCUAGUCCUUGUUGAACAGUUGUUACUCGGCUCUUGAUCAACAGUAGAACAGUCACACUAGGUUCUUAGUAUCCGUGUUGUUCACUAAUCAGGUCUGCCAAAUAAUGUUUUCAUGUUGUAUUCUAGCAAGCACAGUAACUUCGCCCAGAAUACUGCAUGCUUGACUAGAAUUCUGGGUGGUCAAAAUGUUUCAUAACGAAGAUGGUGAGCAGUUGGUAAUGUUUUGAAAGGCAUUUUAGAAUCGCUUAAACAAGAAUUACCUCAUGUUAAUUUAUAGAAAACACAUUUCAAGUGAAUAAUAUCUACACUAUAAGGCCAGAGUAAGCGGCGUGUUGUACAUAUAUAUAUUUAUUAAUGUUGAAUUUGUUAGGCACUGCAUAUUCUAUCCCAGGUCUGUGUAAUAUAAUUAUAUUUGUUGUGACAGUAUAUGUGAGUGCGUAAAUAAUUAUUUUAUAGUAAUUAAGGAAUGGUACUCAUACAUAUAUUUAUUGAAUACUUUCGUCUUGUAAUGUUUGUUCUGGAUCUUAGUUGUGAAUGAUAUCCAUUACGAUACAAAAUACUGUAUCGCCCAUGAUAAAAUUAAUGAAUAAUUUAAGGCACUGGCAAAGCUGAAAGCAUUAAUAAAAUGAUUAUAAUUGUAAACAUGGUGGAAAUUAUAUUUAUAUUCCACUGUAUCAGGAGAUAUGAGUCGUCUGUUGGUCCAGCUCUGCCAGACCUAGCAUUAUCUCUAUGCAUUGAGAGGACAUGUUUCUGCCAUAUUGACUGUAUAAAUAUUGUACGUAAUUUUCAAUGAUUCUCAAAUAUUAAAUGCGGAGUUAUUACCGGUAAAACGUGUAUAUUUUAAUAAUGCUGUUGUAAUGAGUGUACGUAUUCUUGUACACACACACACACACACACACACACACACACACACACACACACACACACACACACA